AUGGAGCUUCCGCCGGGUUCUAGAAGCGAGGUGAAAAUAACGGUGGGAGGGGUGGAGCUGGGAAUGGAAGACGACACGUGGUCGUACCUGCGUGACGCUAUAGGGAGUGAUAUUAUAGUGAAGCCAGGGGGAACAGAGGAGGUGCUAGUGAUUGAGGCGGUUCAUGGGGACGUGGGGAGGCUGUCGCUAAGUAUUUUUCUUAAAGUCGAGGCGCAUGCGGAUUGCGACUGCGAGUAUCUGCUGCUGCCGAUCGACCUGACGACGUCGCCAGGUGGCGUCGUCUCAAUGGCAGAUGAGAUCGACUUCGGCACGCUGACGUCAGCGCGGGACACGGUGAUCCGCCACGUGGAAUUGGGGAACGUGGGUAGCACCAUGGCGGCGGUAGAAGACGUCCGGCUCGCGGUCAGAGACGAACAUUUGCAAGCUGCCCGUUUCCGCAAAGGACAGCAGCUGCCGCCCGGGAAGGUUGUGCAAGUUGCUGAACUGAAAUACGCAGGCUAUAGCUUGACGUCAGGUUUAAGUGGGAAAGCAGGAGGGGGAGGGGCAGGGGGAGGAGAGGGAGGACCGGAAAUUGAGGGUUUUACACGUAGGGGACGUGUAGUGGUGCAGACGGCACAGUCAAGCCCGUCGCUUGUAGAGGUGCCGUUUAAAGCGCGGAUAGUCCUUGGUGGCGUGACAGUGGAGCCUGUCGAAAACACCGUCUUUUUCUUCGCAGCAGCACCCGAGAAAGAGAAGCAGCAGGAGGGAGAAUUUUCCGGGCAGCCCGGGGGAGAAAACAUUGGGUUUGUUCGAUCUGCGGUGAGCAAGGAGCUGGUCCUGCGAAAUAAGUUUUCCUGCCCGGUGCUGGUAUACGACGCGUUCUUUUCACACGACUGCAUUCAGGCCAAGGAUUUCCCGUCCUCUCUGCUUCCCCCUGGCGGCUCCAGCAAACCGUUUCUUUUGCAGCUGAAUCCGGAGAAAUUGCCGCUGUCGCUCACUAUAGUGAACUUCACUAUAGCGACGAAUGUGAGUGAUAUGGUUGUGCCGCUGCACGUGCUGCCUGGGCUACUGGAAUUGGACGUUCCCGACGUUAUCCACAUGGAAGAGAGGGAGGCAGAGCGCGCCCCUGUGCCUGUGGCCAUGUCGUCUGCUCUCCCGUCCUCCCAGCAUCAAAUCUUCCACCUCCCGGUGAGGUUACACCUGCAGACAAUUGCUAGGUCAUCUGUGGAGGGGGGGAGAGGGGCUGGCGGGAAAGAGGCCGCGGGAGGGGCGGAUGCAGGCACAGCAGGAGCAGGAGGAGCAGGAGCAGGAGGAGCAGGAGCAGGAGAGGCAGGAAAGGGGGGCGUUGCAGGAGGCGCAAAGAAAGGAGUGGCAAUGAAGAGCAGUGGCAGCGCAGAUCUUAAGACUUCUGUGCUGGGGCCAUCUAAUGGAACGGAGUUGGGCGAUCUUGUGUUUUCCAUGCCUCUGCGGGAAACCUUUGUGACUGCAAGCGGAGGUGCUUCUAACGGGAGCGAGAGCUGGGGGCGAAUGUUGGAGAGGCUGCAAGACGGUGGGGGGAGGAGCCCAGGCGGUGAUAAUACCGAGGGGAGGGACCCGUGGGGUGAAGGUGUGACUGUAGAGGAACGGGAAACGGCACAGGGGAGGCUGGAUGAGUGGACGCGCGUGGUCCGUGCAGGCGAGAAUGUGAUUGUAUCCUCCUUAGUUCUUGAAACGGAAGUGAUGGAAUCGGAGGUUGUGGAGGUGAAAGGGGUGCUGGCGAAGCCGCGAGUAGUGUCAGAAGCUUCGUCGAGCUUGCAGUUUGGCCGGGUGCAGGUGGGAACAGCAGCAGGGGAGAUGAUUCUGGUGCAGAAUCCGAGUGAUUACCCUGUGCGCGUGCGCCUGGUGAUGGAUGAAGGGUCGGGAUUUAGGGAGAGAGAGGAGGGUGGGGCGGGUUUUACCUUGGCGGCAGAUGCAGUGACGGAUUUGAUUCUGCCGCCCGGGUGGGAGGGGCGGCUGGGGCCGGUGGUGUUUCGGCCGGAUGCUUCUGGGUGUGUGUAUAACGGAUCAGUCUAUGUGCGGAAUAAUCUGACGCUGUUGGAAGAGGUGCGGAUGGUGGGGGAAGGGGGGUCGGGGGUACUGCAUGUGAUUGGGAGCAGAGGGCCGGAAAUGCUGCUGAUGGUGAAUGUGACUGAAGAGCAUGUGCUUGUAAAGGAGCGGAGGGGGAGGAGGCUGGUGGGAGCGGCAGGGGGGGCGCAUCCGCGGUUUUAUGUGACUGAAGUGGAGAGCAGCGUAGGGAGGGUGAAAUGGCCGGUUGUGGCCGAGCGGAAGUUCAAGCUGGUUAACCGGGGCGAUUUACCCUUGAAAAUCACGAGUAUGAGCCUGCAAGCGAGCAAGAGCAAGGUCGUGUGUUCCCUCCGUGGAUUCUCCAUCCAUCCAUGCGAGCCUUUCACGCUCGCCCCUGGCCAAUCCACGCCUCUGCUCCUCUCUUUCACACCGGAUCUCACCUCGACUAUAGUUCGCGCCGUCCUCCAUAUAGAGUCAUCCGCUGGUGCGCACGAGCUGCCGAUCCGAGGGUACAUUCCGCGAAACCUCGCAGUGAUUGCAAUAGACGCGGAGCCUAGGCAUCCCAUGGAUAGUGUAAUGAAAGCUGUGGUGGCUUCGAUGUUAGUAGCCAUGUUUGGGCUGCUGGUGCGGGCGGCUGUGUCUCAGCUUACGCUGUUCCCCUCCCCGUGGUUUCCCGGGUUCUCUGCUGCUGCGGCAGCAGCGCUGACUAGAAGGCUUCAGAAGAAGCAGAAUGCGCUGCUGCUGGCAAAUCAGCUUCAUGGCUCUGCUGCUGGGGGAGGGGGUGCAGGUGGGGCUCCGGGCGGAGGAGGAGGCGCAGGGGGAGCGGGAGGUGUGUGGUUGGUUGGGGGAGUGGGGGUUGGCGGGUUGGGAGGCGGGGGUUUUGCAGCAGAAGCAGAGACGCGAGCGCGAGUGGUCAGGGUUCGAGUCUCGGUGGCGCCUAUUUCUGCAGGGAGAGGAGGGCAGGGAGGAGAAGCGGGCGGAGGGGUGAGUGGCGUUGUGGGUAUGCCCGUUGGGAGGGGGCAUGACGGGCCUAUGGGGGAUUCUGGGCCGUCCUGGGUGGUAACCCGAGUGGAGAAGGUUACAGAUGGGGCGGAUGGGGAGGAUGAUGGGGUUACUGAUGCCGAGAUUGGGCUUGGAUUGGAAACGGUGCUGGCAGUGCGGAAGCAGCAUAUGGAGCAACAGCAGCAACAGCAGCAGCAGCAGCAGCAGCAGCAGCAGCAAAAACAGCAUGUGGGUUUAUCAAGUCACCAGGCGUCAAGGGUGGUCCUGAAUGCUUCCCAGGCAGUGGAGCAAGGGAAGAAACAUACAGGGCAGAAGCUUGAAUCCUCAGCAGGUCAGGCGGCAUCUCAGCAACAGCCGGAGCAGCAGCAGCAGCAGCAGCAGCAGCAGCAGCAGCAGCAGCAGCAGCAGCAGCAGCAGCAGCAGCAGCAGCAGCAGCAGCAGCAGCAGCAGCAGCAGCAGCAGCAGCAGCAGCAGCAGCAGCAGCAGCAGCAGCAGCAGCAGCAGCAGCAGCAGCAGCAGCAGCAGCAGCAGCAGCAGCAGCAGCAGCAGCAGCAGCUGGGUGUUGCUCGUGGGGCAGGGAAGAGCGAUUUGCUGAUUACAGGAGAGGCUACUGUGGCAGCGGUGGCAGUGGCAGCUGGUAAAGCAGCACGGAAGAGCGCAGACUUAGGAACAGCAGGGGCGUUUGCGCCAGGGGCAGGUUCUACUGGGGGAGGCGUAGCUGUUGCUGGUGGAGUGGGAGGGGAGACAUUUGGGACCGGGUUACACGAUGCGGCUCGAGUGUUUGUGAAAUCGGCUUCUGUUCCUUCAGGUAGGGGUAAGAGCAGCCAAAAAGAGGCUGAUGCUGUUGCUGCUAGUGGUGGCGCUGCUGGGACUGACAAUCUGGCUGCUGCUGCUGCUGCUGCUGCUGUGAUGGAGGGGGAUACUGGGAGCGAUAAGGCUGGGAAGGAGGGAAGUGGGGCGACUUGGAUUCCUGGUGCGUGUGGCAAGGGGGGUGGUGGUAAAGGGGGGAAGGAGGGGGGUGGCAAGGGUGAGGAGAAGAAGCAGCGUGGGAAGAAGGGGAAGGAGGAGAAGAUGAGAGAAAGGGAGUUGGAGAGGGAGAAGGAGAAGGAGAAGGAGAAGGAGAGGGAGAAGGAAAGGGAGAAGAGACAGGCGGAGGUGGAGGCUCCUCGUGAGAGUGAGUCAGGUAAGUUGAAAGAGAAAGAACAGGGAAGGAAGGAGGAGGAGAGUGAGAAGGAGAAAGGAAAGAAGACUCAGAAGGAGGAAGGAAAGAAGGGGAAACUCAAGGAGAAGGAGAAGUCUGCAGAGACUGAAGGGAUGAAGGAGAAGGGAUUGAAAAGCAGUUCAGGGGUGGCUGGAGAUAAAAAGGGAGAGCAUGGGAAGGAGGAGAAGAAGCAGGAGGAGGGUGGGAAGGAGGAGAAGAAGGUGGGAGUGGUUGAGAAGCAAGGCGUGGGGGAGAAGCUAUGGGCUGUUGACAGGAAGGUUGCAGAGGAGAAGCAAGGUGCUGUUGAGACGGGGAAGAAGAAGAAGAAGGGCCAGGCAGCAGCACGUGAGGCUGCCGCUGUAGCUUCAACUGCGGGCGCUGCUGCUGUAGCUGCUGCACCCGCUCCUGUGGUCGCAGCAGAGAAACCUGCUGGGGCAAAAGAGAAGGAGAGCGCAGAGCUUGGUAAGUCCGCUGGCAGUGAGGAUUCGACCAGGACCGGAGGGAAGCAGGUAGGAGAAGGGAAGGGAAGGAAGGAAGGGAAGGAGAGAGGCAAGGAUCAGCCGAAGCUGGUCCCUGUGUCCGCCGUUACUGUUUCUGGAUCCCCUGUGGUUCGCUCUCCGGUAGAGAGCCCAACAAAGGAGGGUGGUAGUGGGAAGAAGCAGGGGUCUGGAGAGAAGGAAAGGGAAGGAGGCGUAGAGAAGGUGAAAGAGGUGUCAGGAAAUAGGAGGUCUGCUGUGGCCUCUCCUCCUCGUGCUCCCAGACAGCCGUCUCCGUCCCCAGCAGCUGGUCAAAUCGCUGGUAGCAGUAGCAAAAAGGAUGCCUCAGGGGCUGGGACCAGUGCUGCUUCUGGAGCUGCUGCUGGUGCCCCUUCUGCUGCUGCGGCUGCCACUGGUGGUGUUGUCUCAGCGAACGAUCUUGCUCUGGCUGGUGCGAAACCAGUGGCCAUUGGGAAGACUGCUGCUCGGGCGCUGCUCCUGCAGCAGAAGGAGCAGCAGGCAACGCAGCAGAAGCUUCAGCAGCAGCAGCAGCAGCAGCAGCAGCAGCAGCAGCAGCCGAAGCUUCUUCCGAAUGGGAAGGCGGGUCGUGGGUCUGUAGCAGCAGCGGGUGCAUCUGGCAUGAGGGUUACCCCAGAGAAAGCAGGUUUGGCUGUCGGACGGGGCAAAGCUGCUGCUCCAGGUGGAUCAGCUGGCUCCUCUGGUUUACCCUCUGGCAGGCAAGUUGCUCGUUCCUUCUCUCGCUCCCCACCACCACCAGACCCCUUUGCUCCCCCUGCAGAAGCAGCAGCAUCGGCACCAGCAGCUGCAGCACGGCCAACAGCAGUUGGCGAAGCUGCUGCACACAACUGGCACGUUCCGAUAUCUGCCUCCUUCUCUUCACCUCUGCCUGCGGGAGUAGGGGGGAUCGGAGGUGUGGGAGGAGGAGGAGGCGGAGGAGGAGGAGCGAGCAGGAUGGCAUCUAUUCCCAAGGCUCCUUCCUUUGUCAACACCUGUUCCGACCCUAUCCUGGUGCAUCGGCGCCUUCCCCCCUCCUCCACCCCUGUCGCAAUCGGCAGCGGCAGCAGCACCAGUAGUGGCGGCGGCGGCGGUAAUGGUGCUGGUUCGGCUGCUGCAGAUUCCUGGAAGGUUCCAGGGUUACUGAGCCCGGGUAGUCGAGUGGGGAGUUUUCUUGGUGGGGGGAGUAGCAGUGGGGGGAGCGGUGGCAGCAGGGGGGAGCUGGCAGCUGCUGCGGAUUUGGCAGUAGGCUCGUUUGCCAGGAGUGGUAGCAGGGAGGAUGGGAUGCAUGGAGCUGUGGCGUUUGGUGGCAGUCCUGCUGCUGCUGCUGCUGCUGCUGCUGCUGGUGGUGUUGGUGGUGGUGUGGGGGGUACAGGGGUUGCUGCAGCUUCAAGGGGUGGGGUGCGGUUGGAAGGUUCUUCAGGUGGUGGGCUGGCAGGAGCGGGUGAAGAUGAAGCAGCUGUGUACGACUUGUGGGGUAACCAUUUCGACCACCUUGCAUCGUUUGGGACAUCCCCGCACCCAACAGGCAUCUCCCACCCAUCGAGCCUCUUCUUUUCAGACCGAGGCUUUCUAACUGCCUCUCCUCCGCCCACUUCCUCCUCUGUAUCCCACUCCUCGGGAAUCCUUGGGCCUUCACUCAUCCACGGCUCGCCCUCCUCUCCUCGCUCCCCGCGCGUGAUUGCACCACCUGCCAGAGCGAGGGAUGCCCUAUCCCCUCCUCGUGACCAGUAUCUCUUCUCCUCUACCAUCUCUGGAACUCCUGAGGCUGACGGCCUUCCCCGUCGCCCCUCCACGGAGCUCUUCUCGUCUCCUUUUGGGGGAUUUUCUCUCUUUCCUACAACUUCACUGUCUGCUUCUUCGCCUGGAGAUGUUGUUCUAGGCCCUCCUUCCAGGUCUGCUUCUCCCGCCCCAUACGGAUACCCCGAUAGAGGGGGUGGGUUGGGAGCAGGAGGUGUGGGUUUGGGAGGCGAAGGUGCGGUUACGGCUGGUGGGUUGUUUGGACAGGAUUCAGGGGACGCAGGCCUGCAGGGUCCUGUGAGCUCCCCGUUCGGGUUUGGGGUUUCAGGAAUCGACAUGGACGCGUAUCUGAAUGGUGGGGUUGCAACGGAUGCCAGCAGCCCUGCGUUCAUGAGGACUUCAGAUGUGGAGUCGUUCUGGUCGCACGGGGCUCCAGAGCAAGCGCUCCAUGCGCAUAUUUCUUCUAGCGGAGAGAGUGAUGACACAAGCGCACAGCCAUGA